UUUCUGAUUUAUAGACCCUGUGCCAUCCGAGGCGGGAUAUUCCAGAGUGACUGUGACAGAAAGGAGCUAGAAGCAUUUCGACACCAAUGGCAGACUGACUGGAAACAGUUCCUAUCGUGUCGAGCCAAGGAACUCCGUCCAGGAGGAUACUUGGUGGUGGUUUCCUUCGUCACUGAUGACAGUGGACGGUGUAACAAUCACGUGGGAGAGGACUCGUAUGAUGUGUUCUCUAGUAUCUGGAAAGGAUUUCGGCAAAGUGGAAAAAUCAGUGAGGAAGAAUUUAUCCACACCUCGUCGAUGACGUACCAUCCCUCUAAGACCGAGCUCAUGCAGCCAUUCCAAGCCGACAUUGAAGGAAGUCUGUCGCUAGUUUCUUGUACGCAGAGUGAUGUCGAAAUAAUCCCUGGUCUAGCAAACGACGCAGAUAUCGAGGACAAAGAGACGUUUGUGGACAGAUCCCUAAACUGUAUAAAACCAUGGAUGUACAAUAUUCUCAUGUCAGGACUGUCCCCAGACCGAACCGAGGCAGACAAGGGCAGACUACUCGAUGAAUAUUUUAGGACGCUUUGCGAUAUCCUAAAGCAGAGGACCACGUUUUGCCCUAUAUUAUACAGGACGGCUUGCGUGAUAGCUAAACGAACAAUGUUCUAAGGAGUUGUAGAAUUAGAUUUUCAAUUAUCACUAUCGAAUUGUUACAUUCAGCUCAAAAUGACUUUAUCAUUAAGUGGUUGUGAGAAAGAUCUAAAGAGGCAGUUAACUGGGAGAUGUGCCUUAGUUAGUUAAAUUGGCAAUGCUACAAUUGCCAUUAUCAGCCGUUCGAUUCAGGCGGGAAAACAGUUCAGAAAUGGAGGAAAGUGCUUGUAAUUAUCGAUAUUUGUUCAAUAUUGAUUAUAAAGUUCUGAAAUAUAUUUAUUGGAAACAAUUAACAUGUAGUAGUUUCUGUAGGGACUAUUCAAAACAUUGUAUUAAUAUCAUUACUGAAUAAAAUACUCUUUACACAACAGGGGACGCAACUUCUAACAUAAUUGAGCGAUGGUCACCUGCCAGGUAACCCCAGGGAUACAUGUUCCGUGUCUUUGUUUGAUUGUGUAAGAUAGAUUUCCAGACAAGUAUGUUACUUUUAUAAAAGGCUAAGAGUAUGUAUAUUGUUAGGAUAUCGGUUGCGUAAUUUCAUUAACUUGUCGUAACAGUAACUUAAUUAGUUUAUGUAUAUCCUUGUGACAAAUAAAUAUGU